AUGAAAAGCUCGGCUGUGUGCUUGCUCCUGCUUUGGCAGGCGGCAAUUGGCGCUACCUAUACUGCGCAAAAGCCUUUGAAGAACAACCCGACCGUUGCGAAAGUCAGAGAUGCGAAUGAACCAACUACUGACCUGGCCGCCGGUGCGGAUCAGCCGGUGGUCAAACAACAAGGUGCCGAGUUAGUCGAUGUUGCCUUGUCAGAGCUUCGAAAAGUGCCGCUAGCGACCCGAAAGAAACAUAAAAUGGCCUCGGGCUUGGUCAGCUUCACCGCGCGAUACCUCCUCAGAGCUCUGCCGACUAUGCCGGUCACGGGCCCGGCACAGAAGCCGUCCUCGACCGUCAGCGGGCCGGUCGCUUCUGCAAAGGGCUAUCUCGAGCAAGCGGCAGCGAAGAACAACUCGGAUGCGCUGUAUCUGCUCGCAGAGCUAAACUUCUUUGGAUACCACAACUACCCCCGAGACCUACAAGUCGCCUUUGACUACUACCAAAAACUAGCCCUACACAAUGGAAACACGACUGCGCAAUAUAUGAUGGGACUGUUUUACUCUACGGGUAUCGGAAGCGUCGUGCGGCAAGACCAAGCCAAGGCGCUCUUGUAUUACACACUGGCGGCCGAGCGCGGAGAUCCCAAAGCAUUGAUGGCUAUUGGUUACCGUCAUCAUAGUGGUGUUGGCACUGUCAAGAACUGCGAGACAGCUCUUGGAUACUACAAAGAAGUGGCUGACAAGGCUGUCAACUGGUAUAGAGACGCUCCUCCGGGAGGCAGGUCCUGGAUCCAGGAAUCAUGGCGCAUCUCGGAUGACGACGGUGGCAUCUAUGGCGAGGGAGCUAGUGCCUCGAGCGCGGGAUUAAAUGCACUGAAACGCAAUCUGCACUCUAACGACAAUGCGGAUAUAAGCGACGUCAUCGAAUACCUAGAUCUCAUGUCGCAGAAGAGCGAUUCCAAAGCUUCAUUUAACCUCGGACGACUCUACUACGAAGGGCAGCGCGGCUUGGAGAAGGACUUUGAGAGUGCUUUGAAAUACUUCUUUUUGGCAGCUUCGAGAUACUGGAAGCGUGAUGGACGUGCUGCCGACGGUAACAAAAACGGCGCAGACAAGACGGCCGCCGAGGCGGCUGGCUUCAUUGGGAGAAUGUACCUGCGCGGAGACGGCGUCGCGCAAAACUUUGACAAGGCCAAGGCGUGGUUUGAGCGUGGCAAGUCGCACGGUGAUGCACAAUCGCAAUGGGGUCUCGGCUUCAUGCUGCUAAACGGCAUGGGCAUUCGACGAAACAUCAAACUCGCCACGGAGCUGUUGCGGACGUCGGCUGACCAAGACUAUGCGCCAGCUCAGGUGCAGAUGGGCCGCCUGUUCCUCGAUCAGGGCAAUCCCGAGGACGUCAAGACAGCCAACUACCUCUUUGAGCUUGCCGCCCGCUACGGCAACAUCGAGGCCUGGUAUUAUUUAGCAGAAAUGACGCACCACGGCGUCGGCCGCGAGCGGCAAUGCCAUCUGGCUUUGAGCUACUACAAGACUGUUGCCGAGCGCGCCGAGCCUCUGGUCUCGGGCUGGUCGCAAGCCAACUUGGCGUACGAACUAGGAAACCAUGACCUGGCAUUCCUCCAUUACCUCAUGGCCGCCGAGCAAGGCUACGAAAAGGGACAAACAAAUGUAGCCUUUAUGCUGGAUGCUAAAUUUGGCAAGCUGUCCUUGGUCGAGAUGCUCGUUGGGCGUCAGGAGAAUAAGGUCAGUCCAAUGGCCAACGCCAAUCUGGCCCUCAUUGAGUGGACCAGAUCGUCUCGACAGUCCAAUGUGGACUCGCUGGUCAAGAUGGGCGACUAUUACUUUUACGGCAUUGGCGUCGAAAAGGACCUCGCCAAGGCGGUUCAAUGCUACACAGGUGCUUCUGACUACCAGCAAAGCGCCCAGGCGCUAUUCAAUCUGGGUUGGAUGCACGAGAAUGGCGUUGGCUUGACGCAAGACUUUCACCUUGCCAAGCGAUACUACGAUCAUGCGCUGGUAGUCAAUGCGGAAGCAUAUCUCCCUGUCACAUUGAGUCUGUUGAAGCUUCGCAUGCGUAGUGCAUGGAACACCUUUACGCAUGGUCCGAUCCACUCCAUACAGGAUGAGCCGAAGGUUGCAGAGAAAAAGAAGGAUUGGUCACUCUCCGAGUGGAUAAACAACUUCAUCGAGGGAGACUUGCACUACGAGGACGACUCUUAUGAGGACUACUACGACGCCAACACGAUUGAAGGCGGGGAAAUCUUUGACGACUCCAACGUGUUGGAGAGCCUGCUGAUUAUUGGCGUCACGUUUGCCCUCGUCGGCCUGGUCUGGUGGCGACAGCGAUUGCAGCUGCAGCGAGCGGAAGCUGAGGAGCGUCGGCGGCGCGAGCAGGGCCUGCCGCCGGCGCCGGCGCCGAUGAUGGACCCGGAUCUGAUGGGCAGGCUUCCGGGCUGGGCGGCCAAUGGCAUGGGGUUCUGA